GUCACGGAGCACUUGUUGCUACAGUUGCGGCGCACGGGUCAUGUCUUUCACACCUCUGCUGAACGGGAGGUGGUGCGGCAAAUAAAAGAGAAGGAGUGCUACGUCGCCAUGAAUCCUCAGAAGGAAGAGCAAGGUGAGUAUGACAAGACGUCCAUGCAGCACCAGUACAAGCUGCCAGAUGGUUCGGUCAUCAGCCUGGGCACAGAGAGGUUCCGAGCACCAGAGAUUCUCUUCAACCCAAGCCUGAUUGGCCUGGAAUAUCCAGGCAUCCAUGAGCUGCUCGCCACGGCCAUCAACCGAGCAGACUUGGACCUCAGGAUGACCCUCUUCUCUCAGAUCGUUCUGUCCGGUGGAUCCACCAUGUUCGAGAAGUUCGGCGACCGGCUUCUGAACGAAGUGAAGAAACUUGCUCCAAAGGACAUCAAGAUUCGCAUCUCUGCUCCCCCAGAGAGAAAGCUUUCCACAUGGAUAGGCGGAUCCAUCCUGGCAUCUUUGGCGACCUUCAAAAAGAUGUGGGUGACGAAGGAGGAGUUCGAAGAAGAUGGAUAUUCCAUAUUGCAUAAGAAAGCUUUCUGAGCACGGCCGACUUGGGAUGAUGUUCAUCCAUCGAUCAUUUCCAUCCCAUGCUGUGGGAUUAGUGGCAUGUGUGAUGUGUACUUGGUUUGCAUGUUUGCACAAAGUGGCACCUGCAAAUGUACCGUGAAGGGCUGCGAAAGCAACCCUUGUUCGCUUUCCAAACAAAUCCUUCCACUGCCAAGAGAGGCUUUAGCCCGUGAAUCCCUGCAAACCUAGAAGCAAAGCCUUCAAGUUUGAUUCCUUAAACUUCCAUUGUAUCAUUGUCCACUCGAUUUGAUUCGCCGUCUGGAUUUGAGCGUCUUGCAGAUAUCGAUUUGGGUCGUGCUAUGAAA